AUGAAGCCUUGGGGGCCUUCAUUGGCUACCCUGGCCUGUUUGGCGACGUUAGUACUGGGAAAUGAGGUGAAACUUGCGCAAGACGACGCCAACCGGCAACGAUGCUCUGGCAUGUACAGCCGCAAGUCGUGGGGAGGCUCGGUCGACCCGUUCAUCCUUGUCAAGUUCCUACCGGUCACAGAUGCCGACGAUUCGGACCCCUUAGCCUCGAUUAUCAUUUUUGAAUGGGAAGACGAAGAGCUGAUCGGUCGCAUGCCCGAUGACGCCCGCAGCUACAGAGACAAGGAGACUAUAUGUGAUGCCGACAACGUUGCCCGCAACUACUGCAAUGAGGAAGACCUAGGCGCGUUCAUUCUCGUCUCCAAUGCCACCGAAAAAUCGCAUAACCCUAUCUACAACGAAGCAAUCCAACUCAAAGAUCCUAAGGUCAUCAACUACCCCGUCCGCCGCACGGGUUACUACUGCGUCUCUACCUACGCAUUUUCCAACCAUAAAUACAAUGCUGUUAUCGAAUGGCGCAACUCAUUUGGUGAGCUUCCGGCCGCGCAGAUUGCCAAAUUGCCCUUCUACGGUGGCCUGACCAUCACCUAUGCUCUGCUGGGCAUCUUCUGGGCUUUCCUUUACGUCCAGAACCGCGGCGACAUCUUACCCGUACAGAAUUACAUCACGGCAACCAUUGUCUUCCUAAUUAUCGAGCAGCUCAUGACCUGGGGCUUCUACGACUACCAGAACCGAAAUGGCAACACUGUCGGGAACAAAGUCUACCUUGUCGUUGUCGCCAUAUUGAACGCAGGCCGUAUCUCGCUGUCUUUCUUCCUCCUGCUUAUCGUCUGCAUGGGCUAUGGCGUUGUCAAGCCCGAGCUGGGACGUACCAUGAUCUACGUCCGUAUUCUUGCAAUCGUGCACUUUGUCUUUGGCGUCAUCUACGCCAUCGCGUCGCUGGCCGUUACGCCGGACACGGUCGGGCCUAUUGUGCUGUUCGUCAUCUUGCCUCUUGCUGGCACGCUUACAGCAUUCUACGUCUGGACUCUAUCCUCGCUCAACGCUACUAUGAAGGAUCUCAUCGACCGCAAGCAAAAAACGAAAGCGCUCAUGUAUAAAAGAUUGUGGUGGUGCAUUUUGGGGUCUAUUAUGGUCAUUUUCGCAUUCUUCUUCGUCAACAGUUUUGCGUUGGCGGGAAGUUCUGAGGCAGAUUUUAUUCCCCGCCACUGGCAGACACGGUGGUUCGUGUUGGACGGCUGGCUGAAUAUUGUGUAUUUGUUUGAUGUCGCGUUUAUUGCGUAUUUGUGGCGUCCGACAGCGAACAACAGGCGGUUUGCCAUGUCAGAAGAGCUUGCGCAAGACGAUGAUGACGGCUUUGAGAUUCGCUCCAUCCACAGCCGCGACAGCCUGGACGAUCUGGAUUCACCCGACGGGCAAGCAAAGAAAGGUAAAGACGGCGAUCUGGACCUCGAGCGCGACGCGUUUGGUGGGGGAGCGAGUGCCUCGCGUGGCGGGCUCGGUGGUAUGGGCAGUGUUGGCACGCCUGCAGAGCGGACUAGAAGUCCAAAUCCAGCAGCCAAAACGGAACAGCCACGUCCACGGGAAAGCCUCGAUGGAGAGACCAUCUUUGCGGUGGGCGAUGAGGACAUAGAGUGGAGCGAAGGCGAGCCAGAAGAGGCGGGUGAUGAUGAGAGAAAGGGAAUGGUAAAACGGACGUGA